GACAUGACCGUACGCGUGUUUCCUAUCAUCAAUGCUUCCCAUGAUAUUCCACGCACCAAAUCACCCAGGUCCUCUGUUUUUCUUUUCUGAGUCUCUCUCUUUCUUUUUCUUGCCAUUUGUAAAUUUUCUUUAACUAAUCAGCUGGAACCUACCUCACUUGCCCCUACUGACCAUGGAGUUACCGCGCAUGUCCCCUAAUUCCUACGGCUCCUGCCAAGAUCGCUUGCCCAUCCUGGCCGAACGAAGGACCGCUGGCGACCCCUCUGACCUCGAGCUCGGCCUCAAUGGUCCCGGCUUAGCAGGUGAUUUGAAGAGCGACGAGAGCGACAGUCCGAGAAUGCUAAGGGAACCUAGCAUUGAGUUCUGGAGGGGGAGCGAGGAGAAAGCUGCUGGGGAGGGUCCCGGCACCUCACCACGUCAGCAUGCGCUGGAGGAUGACCACCCGUCACGGCUGAUCGGGCGGUUCCUCCACCAGCAGCAGGCCUCUGGCAAAGUGUCGCUGGACAUGGACCUGGAGAUAGAGGAGCUGUGCGGCAGCGACAGCCUGAGGGACUUUCCUCCAGUCGCCGACUUGCCACCAAGGCAGAGCGAGGACGGCUCAAGAGUGCACAUCCAGCCGCCCAUCUCGACAGGGGCUGGGCCAGGUACACUGCAGAGGCGGCACAAGGGCUCCACGAGUUGCGGGGGAGAUGGCAACUCUGUCGACAACAGGGAAGAGGAGGUUGUGAAAUGCACGUCAAGUGCAGCUUUCCAGCGGAAAUCAGGCCUGCUCCGCUCGAAAACCCGGUCGCGGCUGAUGGACCCGCUGGAGGAGCCCGACCAGAGAUCGGGCCAUUUUCCAUGGUCAGGCCACCUACGGUCUGGAAUGUUGGGGAAGGCAGGGGAUGAAGAGGAGGACGACCUGUUCUUGGAUGAAGACUUGCCAGAGGAGUUCAAGAAGGCGAAAGUUGGUGUCAUGACACUGUUACAGUGGGUGAGUAUGGUCUUGAUCAUUGGUGCUUUAGUUUGUACUCUUGCAAUUCCUGCAUGGAAGAGUAGAGAUUUGUGGAAGCUCAAACUGUGGAAGUGGGAGGUCAUGGUCUUGGUCUUGAUUUGUGGGAGGUUGGUCUCUGGGUGGAUGAUUCAAUUAGCUGUGUUCUUCAUCGAGAGGAACUUUCUGCUGCGAAAACGGGUUCUGUACUUCGUCUACGGCCUUCGAAAGGCAGUGCAGAACUGCCUGUGGUUGGGGAUGGUCUUGAUUGCUUGGCAUGCUCUGUUUGACAAGAAGGUCCAGAGGGAGACGAAGAGCGACAGGUUGAGGUAUGUCACCAAGGUGCUGGUGUGCUUCUUGGUGGGGACUCUGCUGUGGUUGCUCAAGACGCUGAUCAUCAAGGUGCUGGCAUCGUCGUUCCAUGUGAGAACCUACUUUGACCGGAUCCAGGAGUCUCUAUUCAAUCAGUACGUGAUCCAGACGCUGUCAGGUCUGCCUGUGAUUGAAAUUCAGAGGACGGAGGCAGAGGAGGAGAACUUUGUGGACGAGCUUCAGACUUUACAGAAAGCAGGUGCGACUGUGCUGCCAGAUCUAAUGGCGGCAGCUUUUCCGACUAAAAGUGGGACGGUAGUUGGAAGCGGAGGACUUCUGAGAAGUUCCCGAGUGAUUACCACCAAGCUCUCUCGAGGGCUGUCGGGAAAGAGCGAGGGAGGGAUCACAAUAGAUCACUUGCACAAGCUCAAUCCCAAGAAUGUGUCAGCCUGGAAUAUGAACAGAUUGAUUAAUAUUGUGCGGCACGGAUUUUACUCAACAUUGGAUGAGCGGAUACAGGAUUCUACUCAUGAGUCAGCAAAAAUGAUCGGGAGUGAAAACGAAGCCAUAGCUGCAGCUAGGAAGAUCUUUCGAAAUGUGGCUAAGCCUCAUUUAAAGUUUAUCUACUUGGAAGAUCUGAUGCGGUUCAUGAGGGACGAUGAAGCCUUGAAGACGAUGAGCCUCUUCAAAGGAAGCGAUGAAUGCAAGAGAAUCAGCAAGUCGUGCCUGAAGAACUGGAUGGUCAAUGCUUUCAGAGAUAGGAGAGCACUUGCCUUGACCUUAAAUGACACCAAGACUGCUGUCAACAAGCUGCAUCGGGUGGUCAACGUCAUAGUUGGCAUCCUCAUAUUGAUCGUCUGGCUCCUCAUCCUGGGGAUAGCAACAACUAAGUUCAUGCUCUUUCUCAGUUCGCAGCUUGUCCUCAUCGUAUUUAUUUUCGGGAACACCUGCAAAACCAUAUUCGAGGCAAUUGUCUUCUUGUUCGUGAUGCAUCCAUAUGAUGUGGGAGAUAGGUGCCAGAUUGAUGGAGUCCAGCUGGUUGUGGAAGAGAUGAACAUCCUGACGACCAUGUUUCUGAGGGACGACAAUCAAAAGAUUAUAUACCCGAACAGCACUCUUGCAACAAAGGCAAUCGGCAACUAUUAUCGGAGCCCUGACAUGGGAGAUGCGGUCGAAUUUUGUGUGCACAUAUCUACUCCUGCAGAGAAGAUUGCUGCCAUGAAGCACAAGAUAACCAGUUAUAUCGACAACAAGAAAGAGCACUGGUAUUCCUCGCCUAUGAUCGUAAUGAUGGAUGUAGAAGAGCUGAACAGGGUCAGGAUCGCCGUGUGGCUGUGCCAUAGGAUGAACCACCAUGACAUGGGAGAGAAGUUCAUGAGGCGAUCCGCCUUAGUCGAGGAGAUGGUCAAGAUAAUCAGAGAGCUCGACAUCCAAUACCGAUUGCUACCACGCGACAUCAAUAUCCGCGCAAUGCCUGCUUUGAGCUCUGCACGGGUUCCCCCUGCGUGGGAAAACCCUGGCUGAGUCGCUCAUAUUGUCGGACAAAGAGCUGCAUUCGCCCAUGGUAUUGGCAGCUCGCAUUCCACAGCAGCAGUGCAACGUGGACCAUGUAGGGGACUCCAGCAAACCGCUACUUCUUCGACUCUGAUGUUUUCCCCUCUCGUUGAAUAUAUUCAUCGCAGAACAGUGAAAAUCUGAUUUUUCUGUCUUUACCGACACCUCUAGCUCUUUUCCUCGGACUUCGGAACACUUUUCUCAUCUUAAUCUGAGGCAUACUCGUAAUUAGAGAAUGGAUUAUAUAAA